CCCCCAACCUGGGGGAGCAGCUCAGUGCUGAGCGCUGUCCGGGUGCUUUCCGCAGGCGGCCACGGUGCUGUACAAGCUCCUGCAGAACCUGGAGUACGGCCCGCAGGUGCGACUGCUUUUCCCGGAGCUCUUUGUGGUGCUCAUCAUGCAGUUGGUGUCCUCCGAGGAGCUCGGUCCGCUGGAGGUCACCGCCAUCACCAAGAAGCCAUUCCGCCCAACUGCACCUACCUCCGCCAUCAGGAUGGUGGUGGAGACAGUGCGCCUUUUGCUGCUGUGCACUGAGAUGGACAACCUGGCGUUCUUCAUGGAGAACCACAACCUGUGGUCACAGCUGCUGGGCGCUGCCAGGUGGCGGAAUGGCCUGCACUCCCUCAUCAAGGUGAUGCUGAGGAACUGCCGGGAUCAGUGCAGACGCAUCUUCAUCCACCUGCAGAAGCUGCUGCAGUACCACCAGCUGCAGUGGAGGGAGGUCCCGGCCAUGGCACUCUACUUCGAGAUGUGGAGCUGCCAGGGGCACCGGGAGGAUGACGCCUGCACAGAAAAGAUCUUCAGGAAAUACAUCCACAGCAAAUGGCCAGAGAGCAGAGAGCUGGCGCUGCGUGGGCUGCUGAACCUUUACGCCAGAAGGAUGCAGCUUCUGCUGCCCGACGUGCUGCUGUGGCUGCAGGACAUGCGGGCUGAUGUCAAACUGCAGGCCACGUGUCUGCUGCGGGGCAUCCUGGCACAGCACCCCGCCAGCAUCCGAGGUGUGCUCGGCCAGCUGGCCGUGCAGCUGCUGUCCUGCUUCAGUGAGGACAACACAGAGGUGCGCUGGCGCUCCAUGGAGCUCUUUGCACUGCUGCUGGAGGCGCCGGGCAGGAAGCAGCUGCUGCCACAGGCGGAGAGGAGUCUGCUGCCGCUCUUCAUCCACAUGAAUGAGGACAUCCCCAACGUGGCCCAGGUGAGCGCAGCUCAUGGGGUCACGGGGUCGCGGGGUCACCUGGCGUGACAGCAGCCCACCCUGCUGAUUCACUGCAUUAUGAAUGCUGGGAAAGGCCUCUGAGGUCACCAGAUCUGACCAGCAAUCCCCCUCCACACCCACCCAUACCAUCCUGCCAGAUCCCUCUCCCUUGUUCACUCAUACAGCCCUCCUAGAUAC